AUGUCGGGAUCCGUCACGGCUGUGGUGGUCUCGCGGUUAGGUUUUUAUCUAACUUUUUGUUUUUAUAUUUUAUUUUACAGAGCGGUUGGUAAGACUUGUUUGCUUAUAAGUUACACCACCAAUGCAUUCCCUGGAGAAUACAUCCCAACUGUAUUUGACAACUAUUCUGCCAACGUUAUGGUUGAUGGGAAGCCAGUUAACUUGGGCUUGUGGGAUACAGCUGGACAAGAAGAUUACGAUAGACUGCGUCCAUUGUCUUAUCCACAAACGGCUUUAAGCCCGAGCCCCCCAGCUUCCAAUGUUUCGGAUGUGUUCCUAAUUUGCUUCUCCCUUGUGAGCCCAGCUUCAUUUGAGAAUGUCCGUGCGAAGUGGUACCCAGAAGUCCGACACCACUGCCCCAACACUCCCAUCAUCCUUGUGGGCACAAAACUUGAUUUGAGAGAUGAUAAAGACACAAUUGAGAAGCUGAAAGAGAAGAAACUUACACCCAUCACUUAUCCUCAGGGACUUGCCAUGGCAAAAGAGAUUGGUGCCGUGAAAUACUUGGAAUGCUCCGCACUUACACAGAGAGGGCUGAAGACUGUGUUUGAUGAAGCAAUAAGAGCUGUUCUCUGCCCACCACCAGUGAAGAAGAGGAAGAGGAAGUGUCUGCUUUUGUAAUCCUUGCACUCCUUCUCCUUCCCCAGACUCGAAAAUGCCAAGCCCCCCCCCAGUCCUAUUUGUAAGAAUUCAUUCUCUGCCUAUAAAAUCUUGAAUAUAAAAAUCCAUUUAAGUGACACAUCUUUUUCGGACUCUACUAAAACCCUUCCUGAAUGAUAGAUCAGUCCAUUUAGCCUUAUUCUUCUGAAAACGGUUUUCUCCUUUUUGCUUGAACUAAUUAAAUGUUGCCAAAACGCCCACUCCGCUCAGUUUCUAUAUUUUCUGCGACAAACAUGAGCCAUUAAAUCUAUAAUAGAGACAUGACUUUUUACUCGGAUCUGAUUUUCUGGAUGGAGGAAAACAAAAAAAGAAAGAAAACUGACAGUAGGCGAGAGCCUUACUGCAUAUAUUAAACAUUUAUUAAUCUUAAUUCACUGUAUUGCAUUGUAAAUCAAAUUGUUAUUUAGGAAUGUUAGAUCAAUUAUGUAUCUUUUUACUGCUUGAGUUCAGAAUAAAGUUUUGGUUAAAGGGCACUAAUCUGCUCUUUCGGAC